AUGAUAGAUGCUGAAACUAUUGAAGAAUUUUUCAACCGUGUUCUCUUAAUUGUUAAUCAAUCAAGAUCAACUGGAGAAGCAAUUGAAGAUAAAAGAGUAGUUGAAAAUAUCCUUAGAAGCAUGACUAGAAGGUAUGAGCAUAUCGUUGUUGCAAUUGAAGAAUCCAAACAUUUGCCAACUCUCUCCAUCAAUAGUUUAAUGGGAUAUCUUCAAUCCCAUAGAGCAAAGACAAUCAAACUUCUUCAAAUAGAGGAACAAGGACAAGUUCAAGUAGAGGAAGAAGCAGAAGUGGAGGUCGUGAAGAUUUUUCUCACAUACAAUGUUUCAAUUGUAGAAGUUAUGGGCAUUUUUCAAGCAAACUAUUGGUCUAAGAAGUCUAAUUCAAAUCAAGCUAAAACCACUUUAAUGUAUGAGCAGGAGGAUAAUGAUCAAGGUCUUCUCUUCCUCACAUUCAAUGUCCAAGAAAAAAACACUGAAGAUAUAUGGUAUCUUGAUAGUGGUUGUACUAAGAAAAUUGCAAAGAUAAAGGAUAUUUUUAUAUUUUUAGACGAGUCUCAUCAAAAUGAAGUGAAAUCUGGUGACAAUAAGAUGCUCGAAGUCAAAGGAAAAGGAGAUAUUCUUGUUAAGACAAAUAAUGGAGCAAAAAGAAUCACUGAUAUUUAUUAUGGUUCAGGGCUCAAACAAAAUCUUUUAAGUGUUAGACAACUUCUGCUGAAAGGAUAUGAUGUUAUCUUUAAAGAUAGCAUAUGUGAGAUCAAAACCGAGAAUGGAGGUCUUAUAACAAAGGUAUGCAUGACUGACAACAAAAUGUUUCCAAUCAAAAUGUACUAUGAGAAGCUUGUUUGCUUUGAGACUUUAGUAAAAGACACUCAAUGGCUUUGGCAUUGUCAGUAUGGGUAUCUGAGUUUUGACACUUUGUCUCACAUGUAUCAACAACGUAUGGUGAGAGGAAUGCCAGAUAUUAAAAAAGAAAAUCAACUUUGUGAAGCAUAUACUUUCAGAAAGCAUCAUCAAAAUUUAUUUCCGACAAGAGGUUCUUGGAGAGCAUAA